AGAGAAUCUGGCCCCGGAGUGAUGGGACCGGCGCCUGCUGGAGAGCAGCUGCCAGAAGCGACCUGGAAGUCAAAGGCAAUGGAACCAGCCCUGGAAAGCACAGGCAAGGAGAGGAAGAAGGCAACCUCAAGGAAGCGUGCAGUGCCUGGGUCUCCAGUGGAGGGAUUCCUGCAGCCAGUGAAGCUCAGCCAAGAAGAACUGUACAAGGAGCCUACCAAUGAGGAGCUGAAUCGUCUUCGGGAGACUGAGAUCUUGUUCCACUCCAGCUUGCUUCGUUUACAGGUAGAGGAACUCCUAAAGGAAGUGAAGCUGUCAGAGAAGAAGAAGGACCGGAUUGAUGCCUUCCUGCGGGAGGUGAACCAGCGGGUUAUGAGGGUGCCCUCAAUCUCGGAGAGAGAGCUCACUGACCAGGCGUGGCUCCCAGCUGGGGUUCGAGUACCCCUCCACCAAGUGCCCUAUACCGUGAAGGGCUGUUUCUGCUUCAUGCCCCCAGCUCAGGUCACUGUUGUGGGCAGCUACCUCCUGGGUACCUGCAUCCGACCAGACAUCAAUGUGGAUUUGGCACUGACCAUGCCCAGGGAAAUCCUACAGGACAAAGAUGGGCUGAACCAGCGCUACUUCCGCAAGCGUGCCCUCUACCUGGCCCACUUGGCUCACCACCUGGCCCAAGACCCCCUCUUUGGCAGUGUCCGCUUUUCCUACACCAAUGGCUGCCACCUGAAGCCCUCACUCUUGCUGCGACCACAUGGGAAGGAUGAGCGCCUGGUCACCAUACGUCUGCACCCAUGCCCUCCGCCUGACUUCUUCCGCCCAUGCCGCUUGCUGCCGGCCAAGAACAAUGUACGCUCUGCCUGGUACCAAGGGCAGAGUCUGGCAGAGGAUGGCAGCCCCGAGCCCCCUACACCCCACUACAACACGUGGAUCCUGCAGGAUGUUGCUCUCGAGUCCCACGUGCAGUUCCUGUCAACCACUCUGGGUUCAACCCAGGGGCUGAAGGAUGGUGUGGCUCUUUUAAAGGUCUGGCUGCGGCAGCGAGAGCUGAGCAAGGGUCUAGGUGGGUUUUCUGGGUUCCUUGUUUCCAUGCUGGUUGCCUUCCUUGUGUCCACACGCAAGAUCCACAGCACCAUGAGUGGCUACCAGGUCCUGAGAAACGUCUUGCAGUUUCUGGCCACCACAGAUCUGACAGUCAAUGGGAUCAGUUUAUGUCUCAGCUCAGACCCCUCUUUGCCGGCCCUGGCUGAUUUUCACCAGGCCUUCUCUGUUGUCUUCGUGGACUCCUCAGGCCGUCUCAACCUAUGUGCUGAUGUUACCGCCUCCACUUACCACCAGGUGCAGCAUGAAGCGCGACUGUCUAUGGCGUUGCUAGACAGCAAAGCUGACGAUGCGUUCCAGUUGCUGUUGAUGACUCCCAAACCCAUGAUCCGGGCUUUUGACCACAUCCUGCAUCUUCAUCCACUGAGUCGCCUGCAGGCAGCGUGUCACCGGCUGAAGCUCUGGCCAGAGCUGCAAGACAACGGUGGAGACUAUGUCUCAGCUGCUUUGGGCCCACUAACCACCCUCCUGGAGCAGGGCCUGGGAUCCCGGCUGCAUCUGCUGGUUCACUCUCGGCCCCCCGUCCUAGAGUGGGAUAUCAGCCAAGAUCCACCGAAGCACAAAGACUCUGGGUCCCUGGCCCUGGGCUUGCUCCUCCGGCCUGAGGGACUGACCAGUGUCUUAGAGCUGGGUCCAGAGGCAGACCAGCCUGAGGCUGCUGAAUUCCGCCAGUUCUGGGGGUCCCGCUCAGAGCUUCGGCGCUUCCAGGAUGGAGCCAUCCGGGAAGCUGUGGUGUGGGAGGCAGCGUCUAUGUCCCAGAAGCGCCUUAUUCCCCACCAGGUGGUCACCCACCUCUUGGCACUCCAUGCUGACAUCCCAGAAACCUGUGUCCACUAUGUGGGGGGCCUCCUGGACUCACUGAUCCAAGGCUUUAAACAGACCUCCAGCACAGGUGAGGAGGCCCUGGCAGCAGCGGUGCGCUGCUACGACGACCUCAGCCGCCUUCUGUGGGGGCUGGAGGGUCUUCCGCUGACUGUGUCUGCUGUUCAAGGAGCUCACCCAGUGCUUCGCUACACAGAGGUAUUCCCACCAACUCCAGUCCGACCAGUCUCUUCCUUCUACAAGCACCUGCGAGAGCGGGCAUCACUGUUGCCCCGGCCUGAUAAGCCCUGUCCAGCCUAUGUGGAGCCUAUGACUGUGGUUUGCCACCUGGAGGGCAGUGGUCAGUGGCCACAGGAUGCUGAGGCUGUGCGGCGGGUCCGAGCCGCCUUCCAGCUGCGCCUGGCAGAGCUGCUGACGCAACAGCAUGGGCUGCAGUGCCGUGCCACUGCUACGCACACUGAUGUCCUCAAGGAUGGCUUUGUGUUUCGAAUUCGUGUGGCCUAUCAGCGGGAGCCCCAGAUCCUAAGAGAGAUGCGGAGUCCCGAGGGGAUGAUCUCACUGAGGGACACCCCUGCUUCACUCCGCCUUGAGAGAGACACCAGGCAGUUGCCCCUGCUCACCAGUGCCCUGCAUGGACUCCAGCAGCAGCACCCAGCCUUCUCAGGGGUAGCUCGGCUGGCCAAGCGCUGGGUGCGUGCCCAGCUCCUUGGUGAGGGGUUCACCGACGAGAGCCUGGAUCUGGUGGCUGCUGCCCUUUUCCUGCACCCUGAGCCCUUCACCCCUCCCAGCUCCCCCCAGGUUGGCUUCAUUCGGUUCCUUUUCCUGCUGUCAACCUUUGAUUGGAAGAACAACCCCCUCAUUGUCAACCUCAACAAUGAGCUCACUGCGGAGGAGCAGGCGGAGAUCCGCAGUGGCUUUCUGGCAGCUCGGACACAACUCCCCAUCAUGGUCAUUAUCACCCCCCAGGACCGCAAAAGUUCUCUGUGGACACAGGAUGGACCCUCAGCCCAGAUCCUACAGCAGCUCGUGGUCCUGGCAGCUGAAGCCCUGCCCAUCCUAGAGAAGCAGCUGAUGGAUCCCCGGGACUCUGGGGACAUCAGGACAGUGUUCCGGCCACCCUUGGACUUGUAUGAUGUGCUCAUUCGCCUAUCUCCCCGCCACAUCCCGCGGCAUCGCCAGGCUGUGGACUCACCAGCUGCCUCCUUCUGCCGUGGCCUGCUCCGUGAGCCAGGGCCCUCAUCCCUGAUGCCCGUGCUGGGCUAUGAUCCUCCUCAGCUCUAUCUGGCACAGCUCAGGGAGGCCUUUGGGCAUCUGGCUCUUUUCUUCUACGACCAGCAUGGUGGGGAGGUGAUAGGUGUCCUUUGGAAGCCUACCAGCUUCCAGCCCCAGCCCUUCAAGGCCUCCAGCACAAAGGGACGUAUGGUGGUGUCUCAAGGUGGAGAGUUGGGAACGGUGCCCAAUGUAGAAGCAAUCCUGGAGGACUUUGCUGUGCUGGGCGAAGGCCUAGUGCAGGCUGUGGAGGCCCGAAGUGAGAGGUGGACUGUUUGAUCCCAGCCCUGGAGCAAGCUGUAGAUGGACAGCAGGGUUUUGGACCUCUGGAAUAAGAUGUCAGUGGAAUGACCUUCACCCUCAUUGCACAUGGACCCUCCAUAGAGGCUGGCUGAACACAUUGCAUCGUCUUCGACAAAAGCCCUGCCUCCCUUUUGUCUGAUGCUCCAGCAUUGGUCAGGCCCAUGGGGUCCUGUGCAGUCUUCUGGCCUGGCUAUCUAAGCUCCCACAAGAGCAGUGGGGGCCAACUCAGAGAAGGAACUGAACCUAGGAGAUCCAUCACCUGUCGGCCCUGGACCUAGACGU